ACGAGAGAUUGUUUUUGAGGAAAAUAGAAAGCCAAACUGAUUGGAAAAUCGUCGAAAAUCGAGUGAUUCUGCUCAGUAAACCCUUCCACAAUUAAUGUGCUUGUGAUCGGUGGCUUCCCGCACUGCCCAUUUCGUGCAUGCCACGCAGCGCUUGCCUUGGUUUCCUCCGGAACGUGCACCGUGAUUCGAGGCAGGCAUGUCGGAUCAGCAGCAACCGAGUACCUCACGGCAGGCUACGUUGACGACGAAGCAACAGGAAUCCAGCCAGGCGCAGGCCAAGCAGGAACGGCGCAAACGACGAAAGCGACGACUAUCGAUGACGAAGAAGGAUAACAAAGGGCUGAACGGAGCGGGAAGUGCUGAAGCGGAGGAAUCCGAGACCUUGAACAAGUUUCUGGAGCCCCUGGUGAAGGCACUGCACGAGUGUGAGCCCGGCAAUGAGAUGAAAGUGUUCCUGGACGAGCUGCAACCGUCGGAGGCCAACAUCGAGCUGGGGCUCACGCUGGUGAAGAGGGACCUGCACCGGGUGCUAUCGUUCCAGAGUAAUGCCGCGCAAAUCUUCGAAUUCGGUUCCGUCAAAUCCGGCCUGGCCAUGCGCGACAGUGACCUCGACUUCUACAUACACUACCAGCACGAGCAGCGAGAGCGCGAGGAUCAAAUCAAGAUGAUCCAUGUGGUCGCUUCGAGGAUGGAGAAAACGGGUUUAUUCGGGCAGAUCGUCAAGAUCACCGGUGCCAAGGUGCCACUGCUCCGGGCCAUCCACCAGAGUACCAACUGCUGCUGUGACAUCAACUUUAGCAACGCGCGCGGUUGCUAUAACAGCAAGUUCAUCAAGGCGGUGAUGCAGUUCGAUCCACGCAUACUGCACCUGGCCAUGAUCAUCAAGUUUUGGUCCAAGUGUGCGUACGUGCUGGACGAGAAGCGGCAGUUCAACUCGUACUGUCUGGUGAUGAUGCUGAUCUUCUACCUGCAAACACGCAAACUACCGGUCAUCCCAUCGGUCGAGGACAUGCAGCAGGGCAUCCCGCGCAUCGAGUAUGGACCGUGGAAUCUCGGUUACCCGCAAGCGAUCACGUACAAAACGUGGAACGAGAACUCGUUGCGUGAUCUGCUCAUCGGGUUCUUUCGGUAUUACUCCGAGUUUGAGUUUACUCGCAAUCUCAUCUCACCGUUCGUUGGGAGGCUGUGUUCGCUGGAGGAACUGGAGAAGAAAAACAUCCGCGAACUGGCCAAGUAUUAUCGGGCGUGCGAAGUCGAUGGAUACACGCCUCUCAUGACGGGUCCGUGGAUCACCAUUCAAGAUCCGUUCGAGCUGAACCUGAACGUAGCCAGGGUGAUGAUUACGGACAAACGGUUUGAACAGCUUCGCCUCAGCCUACAGCAUGGGUAUGAUGUGUGCACCAGACACCGAGAGUCAAGUUUUGCCAAACUUCUCGAAGCACUGUUCACCGAUACGAAGUUGUAUACGAAAGCGAAACCGUCUAGCAAAGCGAAAAACGGUGCUCAAAAGGGGAAGAAUGGCGAAACGAAUGGUACAGCCGGGAAAGACCCACCACCACCAGCCAAAGCUCCUGGUCAAACAUGGCGCUUCCCACCGCUGGAGAACGAGCUGUUCGUGGUGAAGCAGAUACUGUUGACGCGCGAUCCCGAGCGCAAAACCGUCAUCACGGAGCCACGGAUUCGGGAGCUAUGGAGCGCCAGUGUGCUCGAGUUUAUGGUGGACAUCUUGCGAAAGCUGUUCAUGGUUGAGCUCGAACCGGUUGAGGAGGAGCCGCCGCAGGAUGAGAAGAAGCCUGAUACAAAGCUACCGGAUACCGUUCAAGAGGCGUCGACAGAAGCUGAAGCAGCACCUUCGGAUUUGGCCUGCCCGCACAAAAAACAAUUCAUUAUGACCUGCGAGCGUCAAGUGUUUAUCGCUCGUAAACGCAUCAAGAUUACCAACGAAGCGGAGCUGAAGCAAGAGAUCGACAUAUCCAAGCAACGCUGGGACCGUAACCAUGCACUCCGCUUCAAAACUCCCGUCGAGUUGGCUGUGGCUGACGGGGCGGUCGAGGUUCGGUUGCCAGAGGAUCAACGGAAGAACGGUCCCUUGCGGCUGUUCAUGGACACGUGCUUUCUCGUGCACAUUCGCAAGUGCCUCAAGGGCUACUUUUACGUGAUGCUAUCGAAGGCACAACGGAAGAGAAUUGACUCCUCGAACGAACAGGCAACGGAUACAACAACAAACUAAAACAACGUAACAACGGAAACAUCUUGGACAUCACCGACGUACGGCACGGGACAAAAGACCAAUUGCGAUGAUAAGAAAGGGAACAGACAGUUUCCUCGUUUUACCUCAUUUCAAUUUUCUCUCCUUUUGGGUUGGGUUCCUAAAAAUGACCCUCAUUCGUGUCUCGCGUGGAGAUACUUUUGCGUUUGACUUAGUGUACAUUUCAUUCAAAAAGUUUUAAUUUACCUGCAACGUGCAACGCGCACAACCGUUCAUUGAUAAGAAGCGCGUGCGGGUGCGUUUGCACGCGAUCCACCUAAACUGUUGAGUAAUGUGUUCAACUGAAAGGCGAUGACUCCCUACAAUUAACAGCUCGAACUGUUUGAGGAGGGACUGUUAAAUUUUUAAUAAAACAGUAUGGAAAUCGUUUCCCAUACACUGCGAACAAAA